AUGGGGCCACCGGGGGAUCAGGGGGUCACGGCAGUAUCACGGGGGUUAUGGGUGGAUCAUGGGCAUUGGGGGAUCAUAAGGUCAUGGGUGGACCAUGGGGAUUAUGGGUCACCGGGGGUCAUGGCAGGAUCACGGGGUGGGGAGGGGGGGGGUCAUGGCAGGAUCACGGGUCAUGGGUGGACCAUGGGGGAUAUGGGGUCACCGGGGAUCAGGGGGUCACGGCUCAUAGGAUCAGGAUGGGGCCACGGGGUCAUGGGUCAUGGGUGGACCAUGGGGGAUUAUGGGGUCACCGGGGGAUCAGGGGGUCAUGGCAGGAUCACGGGGUCAUGGGUGGACCAUGGGGGAUUAUGGGGUCACCGGGGGAUCAGGUCAUGGCAGGGGGUCAUGGUCAUGGGGGGGGUGGGAUGCAGGAUCACGGGGGUGGGGGGGUCACCGGGGAUCAGGGGUCAUUGGGGUCAUGGGUGGACCAUGGGGGGAUUAUGGGGUCACCGGGGAUCAGGGGUCAUGGCAGGAUCACGGGGUCAUGGGUGGACCAUGGGGGGAUUAUGGGGUCACCGGGGGAUCAGGGGGUCAUGGCAGGAUCACGGGGUCAUGGGUGGACCAUGGGGAUUAGGGGUCACCGGGGGAUCAGGGUCAUGGCAGGAUCACGGGUCAUGGUGGACCAUGGGGAUUAUGGGGUCACCGGGGAUCAGGGGUCAUGGCAGGAUCACGGGUCAUGGGUGGACCAUGGGGAUUAUGGGGUCACCGGGGGAUCAGGGGGUCAUGGCAGGAUCACGGGGUCAUGGGUGGACCGGGGGAUUAUGGGUGGGGGCAUUCACGGGGGACCACGGGGGAUCAGGGGUCAUGGCAGGAUCAGGGUCAUGGGUGGACCGUGGGGUUACGGGCACCGGGGGAUCAGGGGUCAUGCAGGAUCACGGGGUCAUGUUGGACCAUGGGGGGAUUAUGGGGUCACCGGGGGAUCAGGGGUCAUGCAGGAUCCGGGGUCAUGGGUGGACCAUGGGGGAUUACGGGGUCACAGGGGAUCAGGGUCAUGGCAGGAUCACGGGGUCAUGGUGGACCGUGGGGGAUUACGGGGCCACCAGGGGAUCAGGGGGUCAUGGCAGGAUCACGGGGUCAUGGGUGGACCGUGGGGGAUUACGAGGCCACCGGGGGAUCAGAGGGUCAUGGGGAAUCAUAGGCCGUAAGACACGGGGGGUUCCGGCACUCACCUGCGAAACGGACGCGCUAAUGAGCAGGACUGCCCGAAGCCCCGGCCCGAGCACGCCCGCGGAGAAUGCACGGCGUGGGCGCAAAGGCAGGCGCGCCCGAGAUGCAUUACUCCAUCACAGCAUUCACACUCCUAUUAUCUUGGGCAGCAAAUCACCCACGUAG